CACCCUCCCUCUUCCCUUCCUUGCAUCACCUCAACCACUUCAAUUCAUCUCUCUCUCCUCCCAUCGCGCGCAUUCCAUCGAUCCACCAUCCUAAUGGGCAGGAAAGGCCUCGCCGCCAUCUUCUACAGGCUCGUCGACUCCUCCCCCGCGGACGCCGGCCCGGCCUCCCCGCCGUGGCCGUGGCCGUCCUGCGGGAACAACCCCCAGACCACCUCCUUCCGCGCCGACGAGGAGCCCUGCUGCACGACGGCCCGCGGUGCGGGUCCUGCAGCGAAGCUCCGCGGGGCGGCGGCCGGCGAAAUAUACAAGACGGUCAACUCGGUCUACUUCGACUCCGCCGACGACUUCUCCCUCGGCGACGUCGAGGAGGACGUGCUCGACCACGUCGACAGCUUCUCGACGACGACCGCGUCCGAGGAGUGGUCGGAGGCGGUGAUCCGCAGCCUCGGCCGGACGUCCACCGACCGCUUCUUCUUCGACCCUGGGCCGGCGUCCAACUCCAUCCUGGCCGCGAGCACGCCCCCACCGGCGGAGGCGAAGGCAGAAGCGCCCGACCCCGACGACGGCCAAGUCAUGAGGCAGCCGUGCACGUCCACGUCGUCGCUAGCGGAGGGGAGCGUGGCGGUGGCAGUGGACUCGGCGGACCCGUACGGGGACUUCCGUGCGUCCAUGGAGGAGAUGGUGGCGGCGCACGGGCUCCGCGACUGGGCGGCGCUGGAGGAGCUCCUGGCGUGGUACCUCCGUAUCAACGGCAAGCACAACCACCCCCUCAUCGUUGGCGCCUUCGUCGACCUGCUCCUCGGCCUCGCGUCGUCGCCGCCGUCCACCGCCGCAACCACGACUAGCAGUAGCAGUAGCAGCUGUACCACCACCACUAGCACGAGCACUACCACCACCAGUGUCGGUGGUGUUACUGCAGCUGCUUCCAUUACAGCCGCAACCGUCGCGACAGAGCAAUGUGGCGCAAGAACCGAAGCUUCUUGCUCCUCCUCCUCGUCGUCGUGCGCUGCGCCUGACGUCCACGACGCAGUUGAGGAGAAGGCAAGUGAUGAUCACAUUAGUGAGACUGGUAGAGCUGCAUGCUGAUCCACAUGUUUAACUACUUGCAGAAUUAACCUCGAUGCCUGCAUGGUUAGUGUUUUGAUGAUAUGAUUAACCAAGCAAAUUAACGAUGAGGAUUAA